AUGGCCGCGGUCAUGACACAAAUCGCUCCCCAAGGCAUGCGAUCGCCAGGAUCUUUGUUGAAACUCGGCUCUCCGAGCGAUGGAGCUGGAGCCGGAGCUGGAGCCGGAGCUGGAGCCGGACUGGAAGAGGCCCAAACACAACCCAAUGGGGUUGCAGCAGUCUUUGAAAUGUCCCCGGAGACUGCAAUGCAGAUGCUAUGUAACAAUCUCGAAAAGCUGCAAACCCACUUCGCGGCAACGUCCACCGAACCCAAUUCAUCCAGCUCCACCCCGGCGGAAAGCGAGAUUCCGACCGAUGGGGAGUCUCAUCUGCAGGCGGUGGGCCUGCACUGUGGGGAUCCCGGUCACGCGGCUGACAGGACCCGUGAAGAGGCCUUUCAACUGGCGAUAUUGUCCCGGAAGUUCCUUUCGAAAAAGGUGCCUCCUAUCCCCAUCAGGGAUUACUUGAUUCGACUUCAUCGAUAUUGUCCGAUGUCUACAGCGGUCUUCCUUGCUACGAGCGUGUACAUAACGAGAAUGGCUUUGGUGGAGAAGGUCCUCCGGGUGACGCCGAAGAACAUGCAUCGUCUCGUUCUUGCAGGCUUGCUUGUGGCGACCAAAGCACUUGAAGAUCUCAGUUUCCCUCAUAGUCGAGUCGCCAAAGUUGGCGGAGUCACUGAGCAAGAGCUCUCCAAACUGGAGAUUAGCUUCUGUUUUUUGGCCAAUUUUGAGUUGCGUGUAGAUGCGCGGAUGUUGAUGGAUGAAAUCCAGCUGCGGUGCAACCAAGACUCGUCCAAUGACGACACCGGAAGUGCUUCAUAA